GCUGGAAUGGCCAACUCAAGAUGGCUCCCUUUUGGAGAGGGCCGCCCUGGGCCGACCUUUCCAGGUGGGGAUGCUCUAUGACUGCCGUACCGACUCACUCAUUCCAGAUAUCACUCUAUGGGACUUGGAAAACCUCAAGAAAGACCUCAAAAUUAAACACCAGAAGAACACACAGGUCAACAUCAUCAUUUUGGACUCCUUGGAUGAGAAAACGUCCAUCUUAAAUGUGACAGCCUCCCUUAAAGCGAGCUUCUUGUGUGGCUUGACUGAGGUUGAUGGAUCUGCCAAGUACCUCAAUGACACCAAAUCAUCCAAACGACAGUCCAGGGUCACCCUGCACUACGGCACGACCACCAGAAUGGAGCAGCUCAGCAUGAGCCACUUAGGGAGGCAGAACGUCGUCUAUCCAGAAGUGUUUGAGCAGAAAUCGGCCACCCAUGUUGUUAUAGGCGUGUUGUAUGGCGCUCAGGCUUUUUUUGUUUUUGAUAAAAUAAAUUCUAAAGAGGAACAGAGCCAAGAAAUUGCGCAAAAGUUAGAAAUAUUAAUUCAAAAAUGUACUUCUGUUGAAGGCAAAGAUUUAAAAAUGACAGAUACUGACAAGAAAAUUGCUGACCAUCUUAACUGCAAGUUCUAUGGCGAUUUUGCCCUUGAUCACAAUCCUACAAGCUUUCAGGAUGCCAUGGAGAUUUACACAAACUUGCCAAGUAAACUUGGAAAAGACAACCAAGCUGUGCCCAUCUACGUCUGGUUGUACCCACUGAAACAUCUCAAUUCACAGGCUGCUCAGCUGGUACAAGAGAUCAGUGUGGCACUCGUGUCCAAAUCUCAGGAGGUCCUGGAGGAGAUAGAUGAGCACAUCAUGAGGUGUAAUGACAUCAUGAACGACGAUGUUGUCAAAAACUUUCCUGUAAUUAAGAAAAAUGCAGAGCAAUUCAAAUCAGUGCUUAAUCAAUAUAAAUGUAUUUUCCAAAAAGACCUUGCAAGGGUCAUACCAAAUAUAAGGGGUGGGGCUACAAACGAGGAACAGCUGGCAGACAUCCUGAAGAAGAAGGAGGAGUCGCCAUUUAGCAAGUGUGCUAUAAGAACAUGGCUGAAUAAAAGAGAAAAGGAAAUCAGUAUGCUCACAAAUGUCUGUAAUCAAAUUAAAGAGAUGAAACUUGAUAUUGUUAUAAAUGACCUGGAUAAAAAUGACACUAGCAUAGAAAAUAUUGUCUGCUUGACUUUCACCUCACUCCAUGUGUGUCAGUCAUACAUAUCAGUGAUGCAACGCUACCUUCAGGCCCCUUGUCAGUCCUCAGAUCAUCUGUCAGAGCCACGUGAAGAGUUAAUAAUCCAAAAUUUCAUUGAGUUUGCUGAAAUUAACCAAAGCAGCAAGACAAUGAGAUUCCUCGUUCACUCCAUCCCUGAUGAGGAAUAUCCUGGGGCAGCAAUCUAUCUUUAUAAAUCUGGGAGUCUCAGCAGCCGUAAAUUUCAGCUUCCAUCUAAACCUGAGCCUCUUGUGGCUUAUUCUCUAACAGACAACAGCAUAAGCCUUAAGUUACAAGUCCAGAAGUCUGAGUCAGAAGGGUACAGAGUGGAGUAUAAGCUACCUGAAGAUGAAGAGUGGAAGACUGUGGACACAACAGAGACCCUUGAACAGGUUACAAUUACAAAGUUACUUCCUGAUACAACAUAUCAAUUCAGACACAGAGCCGUUUGUGAAGUGGGUGUCAGUGAGGCCAGUGAUGCGAUUGAAGUGAAGACACUACCUGUUAAAAAUCUUAAAGGUAAAUUUGAUAUAAAACAUCAAAGUAAGAAGAUUAAAGAUGGAAAUCAUCCUGGACUGUACCUUUUGCCUUUGCAACCAGAGAUCUUAAACAAUGUGAAAAAUAUUAAAAAAUGCACCUUUGGAAAGAGAACAUUCAUCAAACCUUCAAAAACUGUUAUGGUCCUUGGAGCAACAGGAUCUGGCAAAUCCACCAUGAUCAAUGGAAUGGUCAACUACAUCUUAGGUGUCAAGUGGAAGGAUGACUUCAGGUUCAAGUUAAUCCAUGAAGAAACAUCUAAAAGUCAAGCUGUAAGCCAGACUCUGCUGUCACUGCCUACGAAAUGA